AUUUCAAAGGCCAAUAUUUUCUGGCUACAAAUAUAAAAGCAACCCUCACCUCUCUUUUGAUGAUAUCUCUGGCUAUUGUAAUCAACUCCAAUGAUUUCCUCUCAGCCUUUCUCUCUCAUGCGCAAGCCAUUCUUUUCCACCACAUGCCGCUCGUUCGGGAGUUUCUAUGGACAUGAGAACCAUAACAUUAUUCGCAGCUUCAUGGUUGUCAAACCAUGGCGCAGCAAUUCUAUGCUACACAGUAAGGAGAUUCCGAAGUGCGGUCAUCGCCUCUCAUUUUUCAUCUCAUAUUCAAUGGAUCGAUCAGGAAGUCGCGAUUUCCCUUCGUUUGAACGGAAGGGACCUGAUGCUAAUGUUGAGGUAAGGGUAUCGUCACACUACAAAUGGAUUGAGCCAGCAAGGCUUAUUUGCUUCCGACAGAUGGAAGCCGGCAAGGGUGACACUUGCGUAAAGGACGGUCAGAAGGUAAAAAUUCACUACAAGUGCUAUGAUAUUCACACUAAUAAAGUGCGUCACGAGACUAACCCGGAACAUGAUCCUGAAAUAAUAGGUCCAGGCGAGAACAAAAUACGUGAAGAACAUGGAACUUAUGCAGGCUUGUAUGAUGGGAUUGUGGGCAUGCGAGUUGAGCAAAUAAGAAGAAUCGUCCUUCCACCGUCUUCGGAUUUGACUGGAGAACACAAUAAGAUGAUGAUGAAGAAGAAGCACUUCGAAGAACAUGGAAUUUAUGAUGUGUGCUUGGUCGAAAUCAUCGGAUGACCAACUUGAUCUGGAGACCAAAUAAGGGGUGUCGCGUGGCUUGUAUUUUUAGGUGUAAGAGGUUCUUCAGCUACUAGAUGUGAUGAAGGAUGAAGGACUUUAAUUUUUAGUUCACCCGUGGU